AUGAAGGCGUUUCGCAAUGAUGCUUCGGGCACGAUGACUUCGACUGCAAAGAAAGUGAUGACAUCGUUCCGCACCAAGCAAUCGCAAUGGGAAGAAGCAAUUCCUUUCGGGAAGAAGUCGUCCAAAAGAGCUGAAACCCCACUCUCAUCGGCAGCGACAAACAUAAGGCCCAACAUGAAACCGAGAGGUUCUAAAUCGGAUUUAGACAUGCCUGAGUCAGUUGCCAAAGCAGCCAAGAUCAUACCCAAAUUAGAUCACAGUGAGUUGGACGACCUUCCCAUGGCAACGGCAAAACCUUCUGAAAUCAGAGCAGCUGCUAAAGCAAAGAGAAUCGCCAAUAAGGCGGAAACUCAAAAGGCAAGAGAACGACAGCAAAAAGCUGCAGAGCAACAAUUGAAAAUGAACAAGUAUCGAGACGAUAUCGCUGCCAUCAAGAAGAAGCAAGAGAAUGAAGCAAGGUCCAAAAGGAAAAAGAAGGGGCAAAGGAAAAAAAGUGUGAUUGCUGAUCAUGCAGUGCAAAAGAUAUUGACCAAGGAGGUGACAGAAGAAGAUGAGCAUGCUGUUUUGGGAUACACAGAAGAAGAUUUCCAGUCUGAUGAUGGCUCGCACGACAGAGAGGGAAGCGUUGGCGACUCAUCGCGAAAGAAAGUCCGUAAAGAAAAGAAUCUCAAGAGAGCAAGUGUCCUGGAUGAAAUGAAAGGAAACUUCAAUGAUUUAGCAGAUGAUGGUGCUCAUGGUGCUUCUGCUGAUCCUCUUGCCGUUAGCAUCAAGUCAAUGUCCUUGUCAAUUGAACCGCCGCGGCAAAGGGAAUAUAACGCUGAUAAGGAUGGUCGUCUAAAGCAAAGAGCUCCGAGGAGAGGAAGUACAGCUGGGGGAGGGGGCAAGAUGAAAACCGGCCCUCCAACCAGACAAGCAUCGACGGAUCUUGUUCCAGAAAUGCGUCGCCGGCCAACUACACGAGACCUUCUUUUUGAUGACGCAGACCCACAGAUAACGAUGUCAACACCGAAAGGCAAAGGAAAGAAGUACGUGGGAACGCAAAUGGUCAAGAAGAAAAUGAUAGAGGAGAAGCAGCAGAAGGAGAAGCAACAAGUUCAGGAACAAAAGAAGAAGCUUGAGGAAGCAGAAGAAGCGUUCAAAAAGGGACACAACCUUUGUUGGCAAAUUCGUGACUCUGCUGGUGCACUGGGAGAAUACCGCACGGCUCUAUUCAUUCGAGAAUCAUUAUUGGGAAAGUAUCAUGAGCAGACAGGGCGAACUUACUUUUGGAUUGGAAAAUCAUUAGUCAAACUUAACGAAUUCUCUGAGGCACUUGUUGCUUUUUCAAGAGCGUUGAGAAUCUUUGAGCGCGUGGUACGACGACAACACAAAUAUUACAAAUGGACAGUCGAUGCGAUUGAUCAGUGUAUUGAGAAAAUGGAUGACCCCGACUUUAAAACUGAGGGUUACAAGUCACGGUUGUAUGCCAGCAUUCAGUAUGAGCGAGACGGCGAUGCAUUCCGGAAAAAGGGGAAAAUGGCGGAAGCCAUUGCAAAGUACCGAGAUGCUAUUGGGAAUGUGGAAGACUACCAUCCAGAUGCAGCAGAUCUUUAUAGCAAGAUUGCUCUCAUUCUACGGUCAGAUGGCGACUUUGAACGAGCGCAAGAAGAGUAUCGUUUUGCUUGUGAAAUCUAUGAAAUGUCAUUAGGGGCAGAUCAUCCGGAAACUGUCAAGGCGCUCAGCGAAGUCAUGGAAAAGAAGAGGUUGGGCCAAUUGUCCAAUAUGCUGAAGAACAAAUUGAACUUGAAAGCGUAG